AAGGCCCCGAAAAAAGCCAAGAAGAGGUCGGCGGAGGGAGCAAACUCAAAUGUGUUUUCGAUGUUUGAGCAGGCCCAGAUCCAGGAGUUCAAGGAGGCCUUUACAAUCAUGGACCAGAACAGAGAUGGAUUCAUUGACAAGAAUGACCUGAGGGAUACUUUCGCCGCUCUAGGGCGCCUGAAUGUAAAGCAGGAGGAGAUUGAUGAGAUGCUAAAAGAGGCUCCAGGCCCAAUCAACUUCACAGUCUUCCUUACCAUGUUUGGGGAGAAGCUCAAAGGUGCUGACCCAGAGGAGACCAUCCUCAAUGCAUUCAAAGUCUUUGACCCUGAGGGGAAAGGAGUGCUGAGGAAGGACUAUGUAACGCAGAUGCUGACGACGCAAGCAGACAGAUUCAGCCCUGAAGAGAUGGAGCAAAUGUUUACCGCCUUCCCUCCAGACGUAGCGGGGAACCUGGACUACAAGAAUCUGGUUCAUAUCAUUACCCACGGAGAGGAAAAGGACCAGGAGUAA